AUGGCUACUCUCGUGGAUUCCACGCUAUCUCGGGAAAAGUUGGAUACAGCUAAUGCUCGUAUCAAGAAGAUGACAAAGGAACUCAACGAAGAAAAGUCAUAUUCCAUCAAGCACGACCGAAAGAAUGAAGAGUUGCAACAAUCUGUGGUUAUUCGUCCUGACGAAGACAUUUCGGAACCUGGUCUGGGAAAAGAUUCAGAUAAUUCAUAUCCCGAACCUUAUCUUCAACUCGAAGCUGCAAAUAUUGAAGUCUCUAUGCUCGACCAUUUGUAUUCUGAUAUUCAACAAACCCUGAAAUCUACUAUCCUUCAAAUGGAAGAUUCUGAGGAGCACUUCAAGAAUCAGAUCCUUCACGUAUCUCGCGAAAGGGAUGACCUUCGUAAUGAAGUUUCUCGAUUCAAAGCGGAUGUUGAAGGUCUGAAUACUGAUUUGGAUGAGAUGGAUAAGGAUGUCGCCAAAGUUGCGAAAAUGUCUCGCAAAAAUACUCAGGACUAUCUGGUCAAGCGUUUUGAUGAGUUUUGUGAUGGCCACAGUAUCCCUCGUGUAUUUCUAUACCUUGAGUUUUUAUCUGAUGAUGAGAAACAAGACGAUGAGAGGACCCUCACAGAUGGAGAGGACGGUUCUGACGAGGAUGACAAGGAAAAGAAAGCUGAAGACGAAGGCCCCAAAGGAAUGCUGGUGCGGGUGAGGCAGAAAUUGACGAAGCUGACGAAGAUAUUCCCAAGAUAGAGGUUUCUGGUGGUGUUCCUAUUCAGCAACAACCUUGAUCUUUUUCUUCUUUAUCUUCUUAUUUUUUGUCAUAUGGAGAUCCUUUAACAAUUUCUAGGACUGGGCGCUCCCAAGAUUGGGGGGCAGAAUAUUUUGGAUAUUCCCUUUCUUACUUUCAAUACACUAUGCACCUUGUUA